AUGGAGCUCAGUCAACUUCCCCUAAUGCUCCUGAUGAUUUCAAACAUCCCCUCUGGAUACACUGAAGAAAAACCAAAGGCCAAAGUGAGCAUUAAACCUGAUCAGCAUGUAUUCAGAGGAGAGACAGUCACUCUCAGAUGUGACAUUGAUGCUGAAGGAGUCACUAUCUGGAAGUACAGCUGGUAUAAAGACGGUUCAGACAAUGUUUUCAGUGAAGGACAGGAACACACAUUCAGUUCUGUUACUGAGUCUGAUGAGGGUAAAUACUCCUGUUAUGGAGCAGAGAGAGAAGGAUCACGAACAUCAAUCAUCAGUGAUGAAGUUACACUGACAGUAUCAGAUAGAGCCCAGACAGUUUUAAGUGUUUCUCCUCAGAAGUGGUUGACUGAAGGAGAUCCAGUGACUCUGAUCUGUGAGGUUAAAGGUUCAUCUACAGGCUGGACAUUCAAAUGGUGCACUGUUUAUUCCAACUAUCAAUUGCAGUUAGACAGCAGCAGAGGAGCUGGAGGAAACUACACUGUCAGUUCUGCUGCUCUAAAACACACAGGAGUUUAUGUGUGUAGAGCAGAGAGAGGAAAACCAGCAUAUAGUACAACCACCAGCAACAAUCAACCUCUAUGGGUCACUGGUGUUUCUCCUCCAGUCUCUCUGAUCAUCAGUCCAAACAGAACUCAACACUUCACAUCUGUCUCUCUCUCUCUGAGCUGUGAGGACCAGAGUAACUCUGAUAGAUGGAGAGUGAGAAGAUACACAGAUAGUGGACAUCUAGAAGAUUGUUCAUCAUCAGUGUGGGGAUCACAGACAGGAUCUUCAUGUACAAUCAGAUCCACUAUCGUAUCAGACACUGGAGUGUACUGGUGUCAGUCUGAAUCUGGAGAGAACUAUCAUCCUGUUAAUAUCACUUUACACUUUGGUUUGAUUCUGGAGAGUCCUGUUCAUCCUGUGACUGAAGGAGAUUCUCUGACUCUACGCUGUUUAUAUCAACGUUCAACCCCACCAGACCUCAGAGCUGAUUUCUAUAAAGAUGGAUCACUCAUCCAGAGUCAAACUACAGAGAUGAUCAUCUCUGAUGUCUCAAAGUCACAUGAGGGUUUCUACUACUGCAAACACCCAGAGAGAGGAGAGUCACCCAAGAGCUGGAUCUCAGUCAGAGACUCUCACUCAGGAUCUCAGAUCUCUGUCCUUCACACACUCAGUUCUGUUCUGGCAGUUUGUCCAUAUCUGCUAGUGACAGUCGUGCUCAUCUUCAAAUGCUGUAAAAUAAGAGUUCCAUAUUUUCAAGGAGUAAAAGAGGAUGAAGAUAAAGAAAAAGAAACUUCUUUCUGAUAUUAAUCAGAAAACCUCAAUCCUGCCUGGAAUAUCUCAAUGACCACCUCGCUGAUAAACCUACUGUAUAAAGUUACUGAACAUGCUUACUGUAAACAGUGUAUUUUAAGAGUGACAGUUGCAUUUUUCAAUGGUUUGAUAUUUCUUAUUUACAAUCAAGAGCCAGUGCAGAUAAAAAACUGUUGUGGAACUGACUCUUGUUGUUAAUUCUUGCAAUACUUGUUACUUGCACAAUAAUAUCAGGUCUAAUGUGCAAGAUUUUGGACUUAUAAGCAAGAUACUGUCAUAUUUGUAUCGGCGGGUAUUGUAGGUGGGGGGGAGUGAAUAACCAGCAUUCUCUUCACCCUCAAUACCAUGACUGAGGUGAGACCCUUGAGCAAGGCACCCCCAGAACCCCCAACUGCUACCUGGACUCCACAUCAAAAAUGCACACUGUAUGUGAUCCGGAGCAUUAGCGGCUAUGGUGAUAUAACGAGAAACUGGUCCAUAGGCUUAUAUACAACAUGCAGUAAAUGGUAAAAUAAUAGGCAACACUAAAAUAAUAUGUAAAUGGAAAUGUACAAUAUGGUAAGACAUGCCAAUAUGCAACAUCAAGAAAGAAAAUGAGUGUUUUUUAACAGCUAAAAAAAAAAACUGGAAGUGAGUAUGAGUUAGUAUGAGUUGGACAGAUACAGUUAAGCUUGCAGCUCACUCUGUUGGUGAAAAUAGUCACUACACAAUUGCUCUGGUAAUCUGAAGGAUGGCAAUUAUCUAAUCUAAUAAUAAAAAGAGAAACAUUUAAACGUUUUGGCAGUACAAUAGAUUGCAGAAACGCAAUCACACAUUCGCAUGAAGCCAGAUUUAUCGGCAAAAAUCUAAAUUACUUUUAGUUAGGGUAGUGUAUGAUUGUAAAUUGUAUGAAUAAUAAUCAGGCAUCAUUUUAUCACUAGUAUAUUAUAUUCAGUUGAAUACGUUUGGUAAAGCUUUAUGUAGCUAGUAAUAUUUAAACAGCAUUAAAGUUAAUAUGGUAACAAUUUAUUUUAGGGUCUCUUAACUAAUUGCUUAUUAACAUGCAUAUUUCUAGAAUAAUAGCCCUUUAUUAGCAUUAAUUAAGCAUUAAAUAUUAAUGCCUUAUUCUACAUGUCUUUAUUCUACAUUCCUAAUCCUACACAAUACCUAAACCUAACAACAAAAUGACUAAUCGUUAAAAAGCAGCAAAUGAACAAUAUAUUGAGGGAAACGUUAUAGUUAAUAAUGAUUAAACUGUACAUAACAGAAAUAAAAUAGUAACUGGAUUAAACACAUGGAAUACCAAUAAAAAGUAUAGAUAGAAGAGAAUUAAUAUUUGGGAAAAAACA